AUGUGGUCGCACUUACAGAGCUCAACCUCCGGGGCGAGAACCGUGGGCCGGGUGGUGCAGAUCCAUAAACUAACAGGCGAGCAGGAAGCAGAUCGUACCAUUAUCUUAAAAAGAGAGGAAUUAAGAGAUCUCAUUGAAUAUGAUAAUAGAGCGGCAUCCUUCAGACGUAAGAAAGAGAAAUAUCAAUUGGGGGACUUGUCCGGUGGCGUUCUUGCAUUCCUAGGACCCGGGCCCAUCCACCUACGUGCUCAUUACAUUCUGGUGUCAGACGGCGGGGAACUCCUGGUGGGAGCAGACAAUGUAUCGUUCCCAGGAAAAGCCCACAUCACUUUAUAUGGAAGCUCUUAUACCACUCCGUUAUAUCCUUAUGGGGUAAAAUUCUUGGCUGUCCGAAACGCAACUAUCUCCAUGAACGGCUGGGUUCCAAAUGUCAUUUUCACACAUUUGGCAACUGCAGCCAGAGCCAAUGACACAGACCUGGUGCUAGUGGAUCCAGUUGACUGGCGUGUAGGGGAUGAAGUUGUCCUUUGCGGAGGAAGAUUUGAGGGUCUCAUCAAACAGCAAGAAAUUCUGAACAUACGAUCCAUUAAUGGCACACACCUCUCUGUCAGCCCAUCUCUGAGGUAUUCCUAUGACAUUGUGAAGCAAUUUAUCAAAGCAGACUGGAUAAUUCUAAGACCUGUUAUAGCUUUGCUAAGCAGGGAUAUUGUAGUACAAGGGAAUCUGACAGAUGAAUACAUCAGCCACUACCAACGAUGUCAGCAAGUAGGAGUGUCAGAUAUUUCUGAGUGCCACUAUGACAGAAGUGAGAACAUUUUGGGAUCUCAAGACCUAGGUUUGGUUUUCGUGGCACAAGCUUAUGAAAAUCAGUCAAACCUAAUCCACAUAUCUGGAGUCCAGUUUCACCACAUGGGCCAGGCUUUCAAUAAGCCAAUUGGUGCUAUAAAUAUUAUUGGCAAUUUCCCACUGUUCGGUAUGAAACUAUUGCACCAUAAUUACAUAACAGAUAAACUUUGAUUUAUGCAUCAAAUAUGCAUAUUGGUUAAAGAUGCCGAUGGAAGAUUGGAGGGUGGUUGGAAGUAUAACUGUAAUCAAAGCUAAACUUCAUUUU